AUGAUCGGUAGACAUAGUACAAAGUCAAUUGAAAAAUCAAAAGAGAACCAGUUUGCGAGACAAGCAGAAAAAAACGGUUACUUAUAUACAAGUGCAGAAGGUUACUUGCGUGAUAAACCAAAAUUUCAACGUACGCGGCGAGAAUAUUCCUAUUUACCGUACUAUGAAAAUAUCAAUCGGAAUGCUUUUUUUUGGUUGGAGCAGAUAAAAACAGGCCUGGCCGCUUCCACCUUAUCAUAUGCUGCUGAUUCAGGGAUUUCUUUUUGGAUGAACCAACUUAGCCAAUAUUUAAACCGUUUCUAUUAUCGUUUCUCCAAAGCCGACCACAUAAAACUGAUUAAAUUUAUUUAUGAUGUUAUAUUGGAGCCGGAUUAUGACCGAAGACUCAUUCAUAAAGCUUGCUCAUUGAUCAAAACACUGAUUAAUGAUGAAAUAAUCAAACGCAGUGAUUUAACUUUACCAUGGAGACCAAUCUACGAUUUGUACAUAGAAGUGGCUUACAAACGAAAUAAUAAAAAUUUGGAAAAAUCGAACAUUCGUUCGGCAGUUCUGGCUGUUAAAGAACUAUUUCCACUAUCAGCGACAAAAGAAAUUUUGGAUGAGAUACGUUCGUUCAUUGAUGUGUGGAACGAUUAUGCAAUGGCUAAAUUCGUGAGUUUAUUCUCAGCUUUUGUACCACUUAAAAUGUCCAAUGAGGAACAUGACAUUUAUGGUGCUGGACUAUGGUACGAUGAAAUGUGGUACUUUUAUAAUUUUGUGGAGAUGAACAGCUCCUGGGAAGGCCGCAUACAACAUAUAUUCUCCGC